AGAGAAAAAUAUUCCACUUUCUUGGGGUCACACUUGCAAUUUUUUUCCACUUUUCUAUUGUCCGUAUCUUCUUUGCUCGUUAAACUUGCAGAAAACAUCCCUAGCUUGGAGAUCGUUUCCACUGUAUUGACAUUACAACUCGUUUUCUCUCUCCCAGCCAUGAUAUUUUUGAAGGACCAGUUUAUUCAUCCGUGGAAGAAAACGAGAUUUCUUAUCCUCCGUGGUGUGACUGGAGUUACAGCUAUGAGUUUGAUGGUUUAUUCGGUAAAGCACAUGCCACUGGCAGAUGCGAGGGUGAUAUUUUAUACAUCUCCAGUUUAUACAACGCUUUUGGGUAGGAUCUUCCUGAAAGAAUCAGUGAGCAAGUUUGAUUUUAUAGCCAUGUUGUCAGGUUUAGGAGGCGUUGUGUUAAUUGGAAGACCCUCGUUCCUGUUUGGCUCUUUGGGGAAAAGUUCCACCUCUGAAAAGGUCUGGCUGCCUACUAUUCUUGCAGUUCUCUCAGCAAUUAUGUUUGCAUUUGCCAUUAUCAUGGUAAGGAAGAUGUCCCAGGAAGUUAGCACAAGAGUAGUGGUAUUUUAUUAUGCUCUUGUUGGAUCUGUCAGUAGCCUGUUGGCAUCACUGAUUUCUGGAGAAUUUAAAUACCCUGGCUGUGGCACUCAUGAUGUUGUUUAUGCCAUUGUUUCAGGUAUGCUCGGCUAUUUUGCGCAGUUACUGUCAACAAAGGCAUGUCAACUAGAAAAAGCCAGUGUAAUUUCAUUGGUUCGCACGAUUGGAAUUGUUUUCUCUUUCAUCCUCCAGUUGAUGUUUUUAAAUGUCAUCCCAAAUGGACUGAGUAUUGGAGGCGCAAUUCUUAUCCUUCUUUGCAAUGUGGUUAUUUUCAUUAAAAAAUUGUUAAAUCAGAAAAGGGAACAAAAGUAAGUGAAUAUAUGUGGAACUACAGUGAUAUACUCCUUAUGCGGAAGAGGAUCCACAGGGGCGGAUCUAGGGGGAGGGUGCAGGGGGUGCGCACCCCCCCUGAGAUGACCUGCGGUUUUCUAAUACAACUGGUAUUCUGCAAAAAAAAAAAACUAUGUGGUUUAUUGGGGUUGAAGUAGAGCAAGAGACGAGUGCACCCCUAGCCUGCUAGCAAGCUCUCCUGUUUGGGCGAGUAAAACGGGUCUCGCGAGAACGCGCGAGCGAGCGGCGAAGCCGCGAGGGGCAGAGGAAAGGAGAGCUUGCAACCAUCCCUUACAAAUUUUCAUUUGUACUUCGCCCAGACGAAGGGAAAUACCAUUGGCUGAAAAAUGACGUUCCGGAAAUCAAAGUUGAUUGAUAACAGGCCUAGCUGGCACUCGCUUCGUCUGUGUGUCAAAUUUGGUUCUCAGGGGGAUCAGAUUGGUACGGAGAACUUGUUUCAGCCCUCAAUGCAGACGGGCUCGUUAAUUCUCGCAAAGAGAAUAUUGCAUGUCGAGGAUAAGUCGGGCCGAGUUUGUAGUUCUUGUGGAAGGAAAAUGAAAACCCUUCAUCAGUUGUAUUCAUUUGUGUUAAGCACCUUGUUUAGUUCUGAAAACCGGCAGAGUGAAAGUGAAGAGUGAUUAAAGCGCUGUCUUCCAACAUCGGUUUCUUCGCCCGAUUGAAUUCUGCUGGGUAGAAAAAUUCAGAAACAUGUACUUGACAGUGUAGCCGUGUAGCUUGACCGUAAAGAAGGAAAAGAGAAAGAGUUGGAAGCAACUGGAGUAAACCUUAAGAGAACCAAGUGCAGGAAAACGCUAUUCUCCAGUUCCAGACGGACAAAUAAUUUUUUGUUGGUGAUUGCGAUGGGGAGUAGUCUUCUACACUGCAGUAUGGACGACUUUUCAAAGGUAAACAAGUAAAGAAUCAAAGUAGUGAGUUCUUAUCCGGCUUCGAUGUCCCGUGAAAAAAAAAAACAUAUCAGUGAUUAAAAACAUUGCCUUGAUGCUGUUGAAUUCUCCGGUUGUCACUUUUGCAAUCUGCGGCAAAAGUUUUCACGCUUUCGAGUCAAAAUGGAUGGUUGCAAGCUCCAGGACCCCUCACUUUCUCGCAAGCUAAAAUAGGAGAGCUUGCUCGCAGAUACUGUUUCCAUUAUACUUAAGAAAAAAGAUUCUUUUAAUAAUAAUAUAACAAAAAUUUUCACAGAAAAAAUUUGGGUGUGGUGGGGGGGGGUUGGGGUCUCACCUCCCCUAAAUCUGCCCAUGUUAUGCAUCAAUCAGUGUUAAUAUUCUUCCAGAGUGCCACAUAUUUUCUGUAUGCUGCUUGCCUGAGGUGGUGGUGGGAGUGGGGGGCGCAGGAAGUGCCAAUUCAUGGAAAUCUUGUGGAUUUCCUCAACUGUAAUCUUGUUGACAGAAGAAGAGCCAGGUCAAGCUAGUCUUAUAGUAGGAAGAAUAGCUUGUGUGGGGAUUGAUUCCAUUAUUUGGAUAAUAAAAAAAUGAAUCAAGUGAAGUCUUUAUUCAUGCCCCUCAAUCAAGCUAAGACCUUUCUACUUGAACCCUGAAGUGGGCACUGAGUCACUACAUGCACACUUCUAAUUCCAAGGCAAUCCACUCCUUUGUAUAUCUAUGCUUUCAUGCUCACAUAUGAAAAUGGUGUCUGAAGGGGUGAAAUAGGGCAAUCAUGUACACUGGGUUUCAUAUUCAGAAUCCAAGGCGUGAACUCAAACUCAUUUUAUGCCAGUACCCAGGCCAGGGGAGUACCUUUUUCACUUGUCCUUUUUCACAAGUCCUCCGAAACUUCUUUGUUCAACAUCACAAUUUUAGAGUAAAUUUAAAUCAAAUUAUGUUAUGUGCUAUUUCGAUACUUUGUAACUUUCUUGUUUUGCUGUUUUAGAUGAGCUCAAAAAAAUUUGUAGCUCUUAAGGUCUACCACCAUGCACCAUAAGGAUUCUUUAAAAUAACAAAGCCCUGUUAGGAUAAAAUUCAAACAAACGACAUGAUAACCUUGAAACAACGACAUAAUUAAGACACUUGAAAUGGGGACAAACACCAUUGCAAAUACAGUCGUAUAAUACUGACAGAGACAUUGCCUCCUCAAGCGCGGAUCCAGGGGUAGUGGAUUGAGUGGCUAGCCACCCCCCUUUAGAACAUUCCACAUAAAUACUUGGAUAAACAAACGGAAAUACGUGAGUAGUCCCCAAAAUAUAGAAAUACGUGGGUCACAAAAACCUUGUGAAGCCAACCAGCUUUUACUCUUCCUAAAUUGCCAUGUUUUGGGACAAACACAGGAAAACUUAAAAUAAAUUCACGUAUAGUUUGGUAUCAGCCACCCCCCAUCAAAAAAUCAUGGAUUUGCCCCUACUCCUCUUCAAUGGGUGAUUCCAGAAAAUAUCCAUACCCUACCACGGGUGGCAUGAGUAUUUUAACCCCCCCUUGCCCUCGGAAAUUCCAAAAUGCUUAUCCCCCCCUUGCCCUCCGAAUUCCAAAAUCGCUCACCCCCCCUCUCCUCCGGAAUUUUCCACUUUUGUUUCAGACCCUUUGGAAUUCCUGUUCGUCUGCCUAAAUCUUCAAACGAACGCGAAACUUGCACUUUUUCCCUCUGCAAAAGAAUUCUGUUCAUAAACAGUUUUGAAUUAAACAGCGCAUCAAAAGGCACGCUGUCGGAUUUUACUACCUACAUGUUGGCGUGAAAAUCGGCGUGACAUACAAAAUCUGUCAGGCGUUCUAUUUGGAAACGAGAGACUGGUGCGAGUUUUCAGCACGCAACAACACAUCGUCGAUCGACAAUCGGCGAGAAACACCGACUUGGUUAUAUUUUUAUUAAUCAGUUGACUAAUUCAUCAACUUUAAGGCCUCUUCGAUGUGGAGCUUGCUGCACAAACCAUCUGCUUACCCAUCUGCAUGAACGCAUACUUCUUCCGUGGUCGGUUCGUGCUUCAUUUACAAACUGGGAAUGUUAACAGGUCAGCGAUUUCAAGCGGAGCUUUCGCCGUCUUUCCCCUGGAAAUUCACUGAAUUCAGAGCUGAAACACCCCCCCAUGCCUUUGGAAUUCCAAACUGCGUUACCCCCCCACGUCUUCGGAAUUCCAGUCCAAGAAACUCCCCCUCUCCCUCGGAAUUCCAAGAUGCCGCCCGUGGUAUGGUAUGGAUAUUUUCUGGAAUCACCCAAUACACAAAACAGUUGCUUUUGAAAUCCAGACUAGGGACAUGCAUACCCCCCCCCCAAAAAAGAAGGCCUCUAUAAUAUUUCAUAUCAUCCUUUUCUCAAACAAGAAAAAUUUUAACGGUGCAUUUCAUUUAUGUCAAUACCAUAUGAUGAUUUUAGUUAUGACAGGGUGCUAUCUUUUAUCAAAAUUAAAAUAUACGUGAGGUUCUACCACAGGCAGCCCACUGGCACUAGAAAGAUAAUCAAACUACACUAGCUAAAAUGGCAUUAAACUAAUGAGCUACAACAACCUAGCUUGGUGCAUGCCGCAAAAUUCGCUGAAGGUGUUGGGAGGGACGGUUUCCUUUGCUCCACUCAUGGACCUCUGAUUUGCUAUGAUCACUGGAGAUAGCCCAACUGUUUCUACUACAAAAAUUAACCAGCAAAAUCUUUUUGCAUGCAAUUUUUAGAGACAACUUUAUUUUCUGCACUGAUGCGAAUAGGCCCCUACUGAACUAUUCAGAAUUCCUCUACCAGUCAAUUCAAACCUGCCGGUGUGAACUGCACGUUGUACAUCUCUUAUUGUAUUACUUGUGGAUUACAGCAUGUACAAAAGGGCACCCCUGCAGCGGGGGGAUUUUGGACAUCAGUUUUUUGGUUUAUUAUUUCUGAUUUAUAGUUUGUGAUUUUGGAUUUCAGUUUUUGAUUUCUUCUUUCUGAAAUCAAAUUUCUGAAUUCAGUUUUCUAAAAAUCAGGAAGCAAUUACGUACAGUAUUUGAUAGCUUUCUGAUUUUUGAAAAUCAAAAAACAGAUUGGCCACCAAUCUCCCUGAGUCUUGCCUAGCUUCUUUAGCUAAGGGUGUAAGGUGAAUACAGUUAAAUUUCCACUAACAGCCAUCUCUCUACAUCGGCUACUUUUUUGGUCCCAGCUGACUCUUGUUUAGACAACUCCACAAAGGCCAUCUCUUUUAAUGGUCACUUUCUUCUAUCCCCAAGGUGGCCACUCUGGAGCGGUUCAAUUGUAGUCUUCAUUCAAACUGCAAGCUCCCUGAUUAUUUAACCCUUUAAGCCCUAAUAUCCACAUACAAAUUCUCCACACUGAUCUCCAUACAUCUCCUUUAAGAAUUAGUUGAGAGAAUUUGAUAACAUAUCAUGGAAUUUUCUCUGUGGUGAUCAUUUUAUUAAUUCUCAUAACUUUAUCUCUUAACAGUGUAUGGAUAUUGUUAGGAGAAAAUUGAUGUUGGUCACUAUUGGGACUUAAAGCCAGCCAUCUGAUUCCCGUAACUAAGACUGGUUGACCCUCUUUUUCUGAUCCAAAUACUUUUUGAGGAAAAUAGCAACAUUACAAAGGAGCACAAGAAAAGCUCCACCAAUGCUCAGCCCAUUUGGCGCAACAUGGAGUACAGUCAACUGCAAGAUAAAUGAGAAAGCAAUUCCAACAGUCCUCACAAGGGAAACAACAGAGGCUUUCUCCAUACUCAAGGCCUUUGUCAAAAUUAACUGGGCAAUAUAGGCAACAGGUGCAGCAGCCAUGAUGUAAAAGGUGUCGUAGGUUCCACAGUCGGGGUACUUAAAUCCGCCAAAUAUCAAUGAAGCUGAUAGACUAAUGACAGUUCCAGCUAAUCCUGAAUAAAACACUACCACUCUAGCAGGCAAUUCUUGAGAUAUCUUGCGUGUCAUGAUAAUGCCAAAUGCUUGACAACAUGCCCCACAAAGGGCCAUAACAGUGGGCAACCAGACUUGUUUCGAGCCAGAACUUUUGCCUAUUGACCCGAACAGGAAUGAAGGUCUCCCAAUCAAGACCACCCCUCCUAAACUCAGCACCAUAGCCAUCACAUCAAACUUGGUCACUUUUUCCUUGAGGAAAAUGCGCCCAAGAAGAACUGUAAACACAGGGGAGGUAAAAAGGAUCACUCUUGCAUCAGCUAAAGGCAUAUGCUUUACGGCGUAAAUAUUUAAAUUCAUCCCCGUGGCACCAAUUGUUCCUCGCAGAAGUAAAAAGCUGAUCUUUUUCCAUGGAUGGAUAAGUUUAUCAUUGAAAAAUAUCACCACUGGGAGUGAAAACACAAGCUGUAAUGCCAUACGCAUGAACCCCACCUCCAAACUUGGGAUGCUCUCAGCUAGUUUAACCAUUAGAGAGUUUGCAGAAAAUAAUAAAGACGCUACUAUGGUUAAUACAAUUCCCAGUAAGGCGAUCGUUUUUGUCUUGGAAUGGUUUGUGCGGUCUUUUAUGACAAAAUUUUCGUGCUCCGCAGAUGUUGAAAUGCCAUUUACCGUCUCUACGCCAACGGCAUUAACGUUGCCAUCUUUAGAUGAUUCUUCUAAAUAAUCUGCAUUUUCCGCAAGAUUUGUGUUAUGUAUAGUUAUUUGGGAAAAAUCCUCGCGAAGCUCUAGCCUGGUGUAGUUUUCCGACAGGUUAAUUCCGUCAACGCGUUCAAUUCUUCGCCGAAUUCUGGUGAUCAGUGGGGAAAAAAUUCCUGUCGCCAUGAAGUAGCGUGCGCCGUACGUUUCUUGUUCAAGUUGCUUUCUAAUAACUGUUAAUAAGCGACGAUGUAUUUAAAUAUCUGCAAUUGUUUGCUGACUUUGCAAUGAUUGAGUGCUGUUGCAUCCGGUGGUCGUAAUAUCCACGUUCAUAUCAUGGGGAUACACAUAUCACUGUCACACCGGGUGAAUCACUCACGUAACAUCCGGGAUUCCAGUUCGUCACGAUUCGCGUUCCUAACUAUUUCUUACUUACUAUUUUAAAAGAAGUUUUAAAGAAGUAAGUAAGUAAGUGAGAACUUUAUUAUAGUGCCAAAGUCGACAGCAUACAAUGUACACUACUUGGGGACACCUAACUACAAUUACUUGUCUAAUACUCAAUAAAAAAAAAUCAAAUACUCAAUAUAAUCAAUAAUAAUUUAUACAAUGAUGUGGAUGCUACGCGCGCUGUGAUUGGUCGUUGGCCAUGAUCUAUUAGAGUACAGAUACACUCUUUUUUUCUAUAAGAAUAUAUUUUAUAAGAAUAUCGAGGCUGAAAUUUGCGAAAUUUUAAGAAUAUUUUAAGAAUAAACCCCAGGCUUAGGUUUUGAAAAGGAUGUUAUUUUGUGUGUUCAAAAACUGUAACUACCACACAAUUAUGUUUUCAACUUAUUCCAUCCUCCGAACGGCAAAACUUGCCAACAAGGCGCAAAAACCUGCACUAACUAUACUUGAUACCCCAAUAUAUUCUAAAACGGAAAUGUCAUAAGCUAUAAUUUAAGAAUAAUACAAGAAUAUUUUCAGCCUAAAACCGGCAGAAAAAUAAGAAUAUUCAGCCUGGGCCGGAAAAACAACAUUCUUAUAUAAAAAAAGAGUGUACAUGGUGACGUCACGGGAAACUUGUUUUCUUUGUUUUGUUCAACAUGGCACGCGGUUUUGAAAAUGUUUGUGAGAUUAUUUCGGAUUGAGGCAAGUGAAAGCUUCGGAAAAAGCUUAACAGGAGCUAUUUACAAAGAAGAAAAAUGGAGAAACGGAGACCAAAAAAGCUAUUGACUACUUGACAAUGCCUAAACUACAAGAAAUCUUCACAACAGUUGCCAUCGUGUGUCUUCGCUACGAGAGACUCGCUGUUUUGCAAAAUGUUUUCGCUAUUCUUCUUCUUUGAGCAAGAAAAGACGGUGAAAAACUUUUCGAAGAAACUGUACACAAGUAAGUUAAAGAAGAAACCAAGAUGAAAAGUUGGGUUUGGGACUUAAAAAAUGCCUAAACUAGCACAAAUCCUUAAAAGGUCAAGCGGUUCGAGGCAGGUAUGUGUAUCGGUCUUUUUCUUUUCUGAUCAUUGUAUAAAACAAAUAGAUUCCAUGUUGCAACGAAACAAAUGGGUCCAUCUUCAGGUCUAGAUCACAGAGGACGUCAAAAUGUGGUAAAAACAACAGUGACACACUCGCCUGCGGCUCGUGUGCCACUUCUUUGUUUUUACGACAUUUUGACGUCAUCUGUGAUCUAUUACUGAACAGACGCACGGCAACAUGGAAUCUAUUUGUUAAUUAUAACAUGGCGCGCGUGCUUGCCCUAUAUAAGUCCUAUUGAGCCGCUAUGAACAAAAUCUUUAUUUACGCACGCCCGUGCGUAAAUAAGAUGACGUGAGCAUUUUUUUUUUACCUGCGGCUGCAAAGUUGUCGUCUUUUAAGCUGCAGUGCACUUUUCCUUCUCUUUAAAAUAUGGAAGAAACCAGCGAAGAACUGCCCAAUUUUUCUAUCGGCAUUGACCUUUUAGGUCCCCAUCCAACAAGCAGCAAAAAUAAAGCCGAAUUAAAAAAAACUCGCAAGUUGAGCGUUUCGCAAAUUUGUCGAAGAGGAGCUGCAGCAAAUUUUGGCUGAAAGACAUUCACUGGGAACAGAACAGACACCAACUGGUCAUCAACAACUUUUAAAGGCAAAAUUUCCGUUUUUAUUGUUGUUUUUAAAUUUGUUAUGCACUUUGUUAUCUCCGGACAAUCCGACUGAAGCAGGAAAAUUUCUCUCGCAAUAACAACACAAAUUACGCAAGAAGACAUAAAUUUAUUACUCACAAAAACAACUGCUGCCAGGUCUACUCAAGAAGCCGUAAUGACCAGCCAAUGUUCGUAAAUGAAUAUAAGUUUAAACAAGGAUGACAGUCGUCUUCGCUAAAAACAGGUUUUCUGGAUUUCGCCGAGCAAAACGUAAACAUCUUUAUAGCAAAUCCAAACCAUACUACACGACUUCCCACGAACAUGUCGGCGGAGGAUAGCUGAAGAUUUUAACUUUAGGUGAACUUUAAGACUCUUUUACCUUUGUUUCUGCUUAGUUUCCAUUGAUCGUUAACGAAUAAAGAAGCAAAUUUUCUUUCUCACUGUUACGGAAAGAAUAUUUUCAUUCAAACUAGACGAUUGUGGCGUGUUCGUAAUCAGCCAAUAGAGCCGUUUGUUAUUGUGUCGUGCGUUACGAGAAUUUUGCAGUUAAACAAAAAGCAAGCAUUUUUGUCAGCUAUGUUAUAAAAGAAUUUGCUCAUGCUUUUAGUUGUGCGUAUAUCGAGUUAGGGAUGCACUUGGGAAGUUUGGAGAGCACUCAAGAAGCUAGAGUUGCACUCGGCUAUCGCCUAACUCAAUACGCAUCUUUCGUGCUCUCCAAACUUCCCGCGUGCAUCCAUAACUCGAUAUACGCACGCUAAGCAUGAACAAAUUCAAAUACUCAAAAAAAUCAAAUACUCAAUAUAAUCAAUAAUAAUCUAAUAAUCAAUUAAAAUCCGUUUAAACCCUCACAAACUGGAGUGGUAAAAACCCAUGAUAAGGACUCCUGUUACUGUUUCCCUUCUCCUCCGCCAGCCCCAAAGGCCUCUAGACUAGCCUAGCCACGCCAGCUAGCGAAAAUGUUUUCGUGUUCAGUAUGCAUAGGCUUCCCAAACUCAUCACCGGGCAUUCAGAACAUUAAAAGUUUGACAUUUGAACCAUUAUAAUACCAACGAAUCAGGUUUUAAAAGAGAAUAAAGAGUGCCCAGCUUCCUGAACGAAAUAUUCGUGGUCGAUGUCUCGCCCCAUGUAAGGGAAUCCAGGACAGUCUUGGAUUCUGGAUUCCAUGCUGUGGAUUCCGGAUUCCAAAAAGAGUUGGAUUCCAUUUUUUUUUCCGGUUUUAAUGCUUUUCUUCGCACUUCGUUUUCGUGUUCGAAUCUUGCUAUAUUGAAAGACGUUGUUAGAAGGCAUAACAAGUAUGUUUUCUUUAUCGAUUUACAAAGUUGCGGAAAGAAAUGUAUAACAGUUCCGUAAGGGUUUAUGGUAUAAUAAUGAGGGAGACAUUGGGGGACUCUCUACACCGCAACACCGCAGAAAAAAAUAACAAGCACCGCAUCACCGCAAAAAAACGUAGCGAAACACCGACAUCACAAUUUAAAGUUUUGUCCUACGAUUAAUCUAAUCCAAAUCUCCAUGGGAUGGAGGAUCUCGGAGCUGGUUAGUGAUUAGUAGAGAGUGAGACUGAACUCAGGACUCUAUUUUUCACUCAAUCUACUUUUGUGAACUCUAUUUUCAGCCAUGCAGAUAGAAAAAUGCAUGCAACGCCCAGAUUUCGCCUGCUAUCCUUUGUUUUGAAGUCUUUUUGUAUAAAAAGACCAUACAGAUCAUCCUUCGCUCCAGAUAUGUAAAAAGCAGUGAAAUAUUUAUUAUUUAAUCAAUUUUAACCGACGUUCCUAGGAGGGUGGAACUUGUUUUGGGUCGUUGUGGAUCUUUUGUCUAUUAGUUUUGAUCGUUGUGGAUCAUUUAGGUCGUUUUGGCUCAUUUUGCCUGGUUUCUCGUUUUAUUAGUAACUGGCCAAAUAAAAAUACGCUGUGGCGUGUGCAAUUCAUUCUUUGCAAAGUCUUUGGUUCUGUUCACUAAAGAGUAGUUUUCCGUCUCAAUAAAACUUGGAAAACCAUUUUUAUCUUAUCUUUUAAGACUUUUUAAAACUCUCUCUCUCCCUGUCAAUAAAGACUUUUGAAGAGGGUAAAAAAUUCUCGCGUAGAAGUUGACGCGUACUGCUUUGAUGCUUUAGCGAGCACAAUGACAAUGAAAUUCAAACUAACUGUCACGUUGAAUUUGAUGUUAAAAAGAACAAAAACAACCAAAAAUUAGUUGGUUCAUACUUAAGAUGUGCGUAUAACCACGUUUUGUUAGAAAAAAACGUCACGGCUCUAUCAAAUUCGUUGUUUAACACGUCGAAAAUUGAGGAUUUAUUUCGAGCAUGCGCUCUUUCAUCGCCUGUCACAUUCCUGACAGGCAAUAAUCAGAUUUGACCAGACCUCGCCUUCGGCUUCGUCAAUAAGAGAUUUGGGUCUCUGAGAUGAUCUGGGUUCUCUAGGAUCCAUUUCAAACAAAAAAAAAAGUUACUGACUAUAAAACUGAUCUCAGAACGGUCUAAUUUCCAAAAGCGACCUCAAAAUGAACGAGGCUUAAUCAGGAGCACAACAGGAGAAAGAAAACAUGAAAAAUCCCUCUGUUCCUCGACCGAGUCUGAGAUGACUGAGAGAUCAAGAGAGACUUGAGCGUUUCUGACGCGUUGGCUCGUUUUUAGUGUUUUAUAACCAUAUAGCGCUCAGUUAUACGAUAUUUUCUCCAAUUAUGAUUAAGAAAAAAAUCAAUCUUUCGUUCAUGUUUGUGACUUGCUUACCGCCACGUUACAGUCCACAGAUCGACACAAACGAAAACUCAUGCAGCAUUGCCGGGGAUGAAUGAAAAAGAUACCCACCGCGUCCUUGCACGUGAUUACUUUAGUGACAGCUUAUUGGUACGGUUCUGACAGUACCUAGCUUAUUUCUCAAAUAAAGGUUAUGGAAACCACGAAACUGUUCUCACCGAAACUACUAGGACCAAAUAAGGGACUAGGAGAUUGUGAAUUUUUUUUCUUUUUUGGUAAAAUGUUGAAAGUAGACGUUUAUUUUCAAUUGUGAACCACGAGGACCAGGAACGUUCAUGAAAAGUUUCACCCCAGGUGCACCUUUUCAGGUCCUACGCCAGGUCAAAUCGCUUUUGAUUUUUAAGUUCAGCGAAGUGAGUAAACAACAGAGAAUCAAACAUAGCCAGAGGUUGAAGCUAUUCACAACAAUCCAAUUUAUACCUUAAAAAGGCUGCGCUGUAUUCCCUCGGAAACCCCCAAAUUUUGUGAUCCUGCCAGCCGCUCAUAAGCAAGGGUUCCCUUGCUGACCGUGACCUUGACCUUCAUAUGGAGCUCGUGAAGUAUGGUUUUGACACCAGAUAUGCCGAUAUUAAACUGUAUGUCAUCACGUUGAGGCAUAUACCCUGAGGAGGCUUUCCAUGGCUGGUUUUUCUUUCGAGCGAGUAGCUCAAUCCGAUCUGGAGUGGAUCUUUAGUAAGUUGGAUUCUGGAUUCCAAUCUUCAGUAGGAUUCCGGAUUCCUUGUGCUGGAUUCCGGAUUCCGGAUUCCGGAUUCCAAAGCCCAGGAUUCCGGAUUCCACAAGCAAAAAAUUCCUGGAUUUCGGAAUCCGGAUUCCCUUACAUGGGGCGAGAUGUCGUCUAUAGCCUUGCCCGCAAGCACAAGCAAAAGCACAAGCACAAGUCGAACAAGCACACGCACAAGUCGAACUCAAAAAUGUUUCUCGAAGCGAAGCGCAAGCGGGCGACUUUUUUUUAUGUUUUCUGCGGAACCUAGCCUGAGUUGCAAGCGUAACGCUUGCUACGCAGGCUCGGCCGCGCGAGAAUGAAAUUAGAGCGAAAAAAUAACAGAGGGGAGAGGGGAAGGAAGGAAACAGCUUCACCACCCCUUCCCCGCUCUUUCACUUGCGCCAUUUUUCGCGCGUUCCUCUUUCCUCGUUCUUUGCUCCAAACUACACAGAAACGCUUGGUACGCAGGCCAUGUGGAACCGGAAAUGAGAAGCGAAGGAUUAUUUUGAGAAAGUCUUUGUCGUCGACUGCAAGCAAGACGGGGGUCCAAUAGCGCCAUAGAGUUGUUGUUGUUGCUGGUUUUCUUCUUUUGCGAAAUUUCUCAUUAUUUCCUGUCUUUUCCCCCAAAAAUUAUUUUUUAGGUUUGUAUUUGUAUUUUACUUUUUUCACUGUUCUUUGAUAUUUAGUUAUUUUAUUGAGGUUUUUUGCUAUGUUUUAUUUGUUAUGUAUUUUAUUUUUUCAAAUUCUUUCAUUUAAUUAAUUAGGCUUGUAAAUUAACAGUAAUUGUUGUCCUGUCACGCAGACGUUGUGUUACUUACUAUGAUUUUUGAAAUUGUGGUAUCUGCAGAGUUUGAAAUUAGUUAAGCUAAAAGUGGAUGUUUAAAAAAAGAGUGAAAAAAGGAAGGGGUGAAACCACUAAAAUUAUCUGUUAAAAUUACAAAACGAUGCGUGAUUUGCUACAAGUAUAACAUUCGGCUACAUCAUUCUAAGGUUACCAUAGCAACGUUAAUAAUUGCAGAAUUAAAAUUUUAUUUGGGAAAGAAGACAGCCAGCCAGGAAACGUUCUUUUCGACUGUGCGUGGCUUUGUGGUCGUGAAGUUCUGUGGGUGAUUGAAUUUAGUUAGACACCUUUUAACCAUGCAAGAACCCUGGACAAAGGAAGAGUUUAAUUUGACGCUGAAAGAUUCUCCGCCUGAAGAAAAGAGAUCGGACGUGCACUUUCCACCGAUAAAAACAAUUAAUCCGAUGAUGAAGCCCGAAAUCACCAUUGUCUGUAUGAAAUGCGAGGAAGAAAUAAAGGUUCGACAGUUGAAAGAGCAUCAAGAAUUCCACAACGCACUGGAAAUGUUUCGAUUUAGCAUGGAAAGAAAGCCUUCGAGCGUGAAACAGCUGGUCAAACGAAGGCGAGCUAUCAUGAAGCGCUUGAACGAAGUGGCGAACUCCGAGAAUCCAGUUUCGAUGAAGAAACUUCAGAAGCUUAAUCUCGCCUACGAGCUUCUUAAAGCCGACAUCGAAGGCACAAGUACGACUCUUCGAAUGUUGGAUGAAUAUUUUCAAAUUCAACCGAGCUUACAGGGACACGGAACGCCGUUGAACUGCGCACUUGCGUUUGGCGUUUGCCAAUACGCGAACGCGCGUUGGAAAACAUCAAUGGAAGAUCGAUAUGCGUUUAAAGACUGCUUCUGCAACGAUCCACAGAGUGGAUUUUUUGCUGUUUAUGACGGCUAUUCUGGAACUAUGGCUGCGGAGAAAUGCGCGCGUUACCUGGGUGAAAUCGUGGAGCGAAAAGUCGAGGCAAUUUACAACACCAACAUGAUACAUGAAACUGUCAAUGCGGAAAUUGUGACGGCUUUCAAAGAUUCCUUUGAAGAAAUGGAUAGAAUUUUACUCUAUGGCGUUGAAGAGCAUUCGCGCAAUCGUUGGAGCGGGUGUUCGGCGCUUACUUGCUUACUACGAGGAAAUAACUUGUACGUUGCGAACGCGGGGAAUAUUAGAGCGGUGUUGUGCCGCGGGGAUGGGUCUAUUGAACGGUUGUCAACCAACCACUGUCCCAAGGAUAAGAAGGAAAGGCACCGCGUUAGGAAAGCUAAAGGAGACAUCUCUAACAGCGAGAAAACGGCCUUGGUCAACGGAGUAUUGAAAAGCACUCGAGGCCUAGGAAAUCAUGGCGAUCCGAUUUUAAAGACCAGUGUCAUUAAGACUCCUGCUGUAAAUUGUCUAACUUUAGAAGAAUCAGAUCAGUUUCUGAUCCUUGCUUCUAAUGGUGUCUGGGAGGUUUUGAGUGAAGAAGAGGUCAUUCUUCUCUUGGAAGAUAUAAUACCGGAUAUUGAUGUCAAAGCUAUUGUGAAAAGAAUGCAAGAGAGGGCAUCUGCUCUUGAGGUUGGGUUGCCUGUUCCAAAAUGGGAUGAAAUUCCCAGACGGGACAGGGGCGUGGCUAACGAGGGGGACAAGGAUAUUGAAGCGGUUUCCACUAGUUUAAAUGAAGAGAAAUCAGAAGGUGAAGGGGAGCAUGUACAUGAUGAGGAAAACCUGAUUGAGGAACAAAGACAUCAUCUUACUGGUAGUCCUUUAGAAGUUGACAUAAAGUUGGAUGAAAACAGACAUUGUGCAAAAUCCCCUGGAUUGUUGCCACCUUCUGACUCCCUGUCACAGAUUUCCAGAGGUUCCAAGCUGUUCAGGAGUGAGAAAGCUUGUGCACUGGCAAAAGCACUUAGUGAAAGACUGGUCGAGGGUGCCAUCUUGGCAGGCAGUCGAGACAACAUCACAGUUUCGGUGGUCCUGUUGAAUGGUUGCCCACUUCAGCUGUUCCUUCUGCCAAAAAUUUAA